AGAAAAGCUGGGGGCCUACGGGGCGGUAACCUACUGGCGUGUCUACUCUGGUUCUGGGCUUAACGCAGGUUGUCGCAGCUCUCACGCAGAGGAGAGGCAACUGGACCCCGCACUCGGGCCGUAAGCCCCCUUCUUAGCUGAGCAGAGCGAGGGGGCGGCGAGCUGGGUACUACCAUGGCCGCGAACUAUUCCAGUUCGAGUAAGAGGAGAGAACAUGUCAAAAUUACGACUGACCCCCAGCCAGGCUUCCUGGAGCGGCUGAGUGAGACCUCGGGUGGAAUGUUUGUGGGGCUCAUGACCUUCCUGCUCUCCUUCUACUUAAUUUUCACCAAUGAGGGCCGUGCCUUGAAGACAGCAACCUCCCUGGCCGAGGGCCUCUCACUUGUGGUGUCUGCUGACAGCAUCCACACUGUGGCUCCAGAGAACGAGGGAAGGCUGGUGCACAUCAUUGGGGCCCUGCGAACGUCUAAGCUCUUGUCUGAUCCAAACUACGGGGUCCACCUUCCGGCUGUGAAACUGCGGCGGCAUGUGGAGAUGUUCCAGUGGGUGGAGACAGAGGAGUCCAGGGAGUUCACCGAGGAUGGGCAGGUGAAGACAGAGAGGAGGUACUCCUACAACACCGAAUGGAGAUCGGAGAUCGUCAACAGCAGAAACUUCGACAGAGAAAUUGGCCACAAAAACCCUAGUGCCAUGGCAGUGGAGUCAUUCACGGCAACAGCCCCCUUCGUCCAAAUUGGCAGGUUUUUCCUCUCGGCAGGCCUCAUUGACAAAAUCGACAACUUCAAGCCGCUGAGCCUGUCCAAGCUAGAGGACCCCCACGUGGACAUCAUUCGCCGGGGAGACUAUUUCUACCACAGUGAAAACCCCAAGUAUCCAGAGGUCGGAGACCUGCGCGUCUCCUUUUCCUAUGCGGGGCUGAGUGGUGAUGACCCCGACCUGGGCCCAGCUCACAUGGUCACCGUGAUAGCCCGGCAGCGGGGUGACCAGCUGGUCCCAUACUCCACCAAGUCCGGGGACACCUUGCUUCUCCUGCACCACGGGGACUUCUCUGCAGAGGAGGUGUUUCGUAGAGAGCAGAAGAGCAACUCCAUGAAGACAUGGGGCCUGCGGGCCGCCGGCUGGAUGGCCAUGUUUAUGGGCCUCACCCUCAUGACACGGAUCCUCUAUACCCUGGUGGACUGGUUCCCCGUCUUCCGAGACCUGGUCAACAUUGGCCUGAAGGCCUUCGCCUUCUGCAUGGCCACCUCGCUGACCCUGCUGACCGUGGCUGCAGGCUGGCUCUUCUACAGGCCCCUGUGGGCCCUCUUCAUCGGCUGCCUGGCUCUGGUGCCCGUCAUCGUUGCUCGGACACGGGUGCCAGCCAAAAAGCUGGAGUGAAACAGGCCCUGGCAUCCACCUGACACCCACGUGAGCCUUAGGAUCCAGGUCACACCCCACCCCUGACCCCACUCCACGCCAGCACGAGUUUUGGAUUCUGUACCCGCCCUGCUCUUCAAGGGGCCGGACUUGGCAGCGUGCACAGGUGUCGGGUUUGGUGUUCCUCAAUUUACGUCUUCCCCACCCCUUCUCUUGCCAGUGGGCAGCUUUGGUGGGCAGAAGGCAGCUCCUGUCUGGCAGCGUGACAAGCAUUCUCUCGUUUCCUUUCCUUCUCUUGAGACUGAGUGUCACCAGUUUGCACGUGUCACUUAGCUGAUGUCUGCAGAUGAGGCAGUGACACUCAGAGACCUGCCGCCUUAUCACUCACUGCCUCUCCUCCCUGGAGACAAGUGCCAGGGCUCUGCCACAGCCCCGCCGCACCCUAAAGGGCCGCCCACCAUUAUCUCGAAGCAGGACCAGAGUGACAAGACAAAGAUAGAACUUGACGUGGUACUUAAGAGAAACCCCACAGGAGAUGUCAUGAGGAGGAGAACGGGACUCUUGUCAGGCUUACACCUGUUUUAUGGUUUGACAGAAUCUUCUAAGUUUGUGGGCUCUCCAGAGGCCCUGAGUUUUUGUGUAACUUCACUCUUCUACCCUAAGAGGGAGUUGUUUGAAACGAUUUAAAAAACAAAACAAAAAAACCUCACGAAUGAUUCACAUUUCAGACUGCUAGAGAAAAACACCCUUUAAUCUGUCAGUUGAAAUUAAUUCAGAGCACAGAAAGCUGUUAAAUGGUAAGAAAAACUAUUACCUCUGUUAGUAUUCUGGGUCACUGGGAAGCUUUCAGAUGCUUUGAAAGAAGUGUUUUCCCCCUCAGAGAUGGGACUCUCCACAGGGUAGAGAAAGGCAUUUCCCAUCCUCUGGCCUCAGAAACUACCGAUUUACUUGAACGACUUUGAGUUUUUAGUCAGCCAUCGAAGGGAGAGGUUGGAAGCUUUAUUAUUUUAGGUGAGCCCCUCACGGUGACCCCUGCUCCACCAAAUCAGCACUCAGAGGCCUGGGGUCUGCUCUGGUGGAACACCAUUUGGUCUCGUUCCUUUCAUCGUGGCAGUGCUCCUACACUAGCGUCUGGGCCUCACGUGGCUGCUUCUGAGGGAUUCAUCUAUCUGUUGUGUCCCCAGCUUUACUCCUAAAUAAAGCAAACCCACCCUUAAUUCACUUUCUAAGUUUCACACUGUUUGAAAGAUAACCUAUGUUGUAACCUUUGUCUACCCUCUGUCUUUUUACUAUUUGGAAACUGGCCUUCCUCGCUGGGAGUGCUUGUUUUACAAGGAAGCAUUUGGUAGUCACAUAAGGGUCAGGACUUCUGAAGCUAGUGAUCUGAUUAUCUUUCUUCCUGUCCUGGAUUAUCUGUGCUAUGAACUGAGAUUCUUCGCCUUAAAAACAGCCAGCCCCAGAGACAAUUCAUCUGGGUUUAAGGAUUGAAACAGUAUUCACUACUGCUUGUUAAAUGAGCAGUUUCAUCGAAUCUCUCAACUCUUAAAGGAUGCUUUUGGAAAACACAGUGUAACUAGAUGAUGACAAAAUACAAAAUCCUUGGGAUUUGGUUUGUGUAAUUUUUUCUAGUGGAUUUUAAAUUACUGCCAAUUUCAAAAGUGUUCUUAAUGAGCAAAAUAACGUUGAGAUAUUUGAAGCCGUUGGAAAAUCAUCAUGAAAUUUGUAUUAUCUUUGUAUUUUUGAUAAAAAUUCAAAAUAAAUUUUUAAAUAUCUUUUGGUAUAGGA